AUGGAGCAUGUAAUCCAGCCACUCAUAUUGUUUUUCACGUGCAUGAUGACAAUAUCAUAUGCGGAAGAUUUUCUGCAGAACCCGGAUUUCGAAAUCCCUCCAUCGAACAUAACAACGAAUUCCCAAUACAUUCUCCUCACCAAAGCGAAUUCCAUUCCGGGAUGGUCGUUCAACGGUACAGUCUCGUACGUCACUUCGGGGGCAAAUUUGUUAUUUCCAAGGAGCGGUGGGGCCCACGCUUUGCAGUUAGGGGAAAACGGCGCAAUCAAUCAAACACUUAGAGCAAAUACAGAUGAAACCUAUAAUUACGUUGUCAGCUUCAAUCUUAUCCCACAAAGCGAGGGUUGUGCUAACAAUCGUACGACUGUUAAUGUAACUCUUUGCGAGAAUCCGUUCCGCUAUAGAUCGAUGGCGUUUUCUCUCCGGAGGAAUUUAACUGCAAAUUUGUGGGAGAGCCAUGCUUUCUUCUUGGGUAGAUUGGGAGUCGACGAAUCUGUCGAUAUUCGAAUCGCAAGUGUGAAAGCUAAAAAUUCAAAAGAUGGUAACAAUGUCACAUGUUGGCCUAUGGUGGAUGCAUUUAAUGUCAAAAUGAAUCCAUUGCCUGGGUGGUACAGUGGCAACGCACUAGCAAAUGGAGAUUUUGAGGUUGGACCGGGUUUUUUCAAGAACUCGUCAGAGGGAAUUCUACUAGACGAAGAAGAAGAUAUAUUCGAGUCUCCACUCCAAGAAUGGGCUAUUUCCGGAACUGUGAAAUACAUAGACUCAAAACACUACAAAGUCCCUCAAGGCGAAGCAGCUAUUGAACUAUUAUCCGGUGAUUCGAGGAGUGAUCCGGGGGUCCGCAUAGACCUAAACCUCAACACGAACUACACAUACACUUUGAACUUCACAAUGGGAGAUGCAAACAAUUCAUGUGUAGGGGAUUUUACGGUGUACGUGCAAGUAGGGAAUAACAUUCACAACUUCACAAUGAGAAGCAACGGAACUGGAUCGGCUUCCGAGCGCUCCAUAACAUUCAAAUCUGAAUUUCCAUCGUUAAUAAAAACUCCUAUAAUCUUGUACAGUGUUAGAGAGUCAAGAACGAGCUACGGAGUGCUAUGUGGGCCCGUUAUCGACAACAUGAUUCUUGAAGGCUCUGAUGAAAGGAAAAUCGGUUCUUAUGGGUGGAGGAUAAAAAUACACGACGGGGUUUCGAUUUUUAGCAUGUUUACUGCUUUGGUCAUGCUUAUGGUGUAG